AUGUUAUCUUAUACGCGACUUUUGUUUUUGGCGUACCCUCUGUUUUUAACUCAAAGUUUUGCUCAGUUAAGCACACGACAGAGAGCUUUUCAAUUCUACUCACUGAAUGGCAGUGCAAAAGUAGAAAUCUGCGGGCUUACGAAUACAGAGCGGUUCCGUAAUGUGCUUAGCCCCAUGCUCGUACCACGUACUGUGGGAUCAGACAAUCACAAACGUGUCGCCAUGAAUUGUCAGAAAGAAUUUAUGAAAGAAUUUGAGGGGUGGGGUUAUGAACUUUAUCGUUCUGUGUUUCAGUAUAUCAAACAAAUCCUGGAUGAUUUGGGAUUCCGAGUUCAGUGGGAUCGUUUUGGCGACCAUACACCUUAUGGGCUAAAAACAUUUCGCAAUCUGAUAGCAACUUAUCAUUUGAAUGCUCCUAGGCGACUAGUCCUGGCUUGUCAUUAUGACUCUAAAAUAAUGCCUGAGGGGGAAUUUAUUGGUGCAACUGACUCGGCGGUACCUUGUACGAUGCUAUUAGAUAUCGCUAUGACUUUAACUCCUUACUUAAGACGACACACAAAUCCUCAUGUAACACUGCAGCUUGUGUUCUUUGACGGAGAGGAAGCUUUUGUUAAUUGGGGCCCUACUGAUUCUAUAUAUGGUGCCCGUCAUCUAGUUAAUGUUUGGGGUAAUACGUGGUAUCCGAAGUCCGUCGGGUCAUCUUUUGACAUUGUAAAGGAGCUGGAUAGAAUUGAUGUUCUGGUUCUUCUCGAUCUUCUUGGGGCAGCGAAUCCUGUGAUAAGGAAUACAUUUGGACACAGGGCGAAUGACCUUUUCAACUCGUUCCCCCAGAUCGAGGUGGAGCUUAAGAAUUCUGGUUGUUUGCACAGCCUUCCUACGAUAUUUGACUCAAAAUUAAGUUACGCUCAAGUUGAGGAUGAUCACAUUCCAUUUGUCAAACAAGGAGUUCCAGUAAUUCAUCUUAUCCCUUUACCAUUUCCUCCGGUAUGGCAUAAACUGACGGAUAAUGCUGACGCAUUACAUUACCCAACUAUUGAUAAUUUAGUAUCAAUAAUUCGUGUAUUUGUUGCACAGUAUCUUAAUCUGUUUAAAUAG